AUGUCACCGUGGCAUUGGUGGAAUGUCCGUACGUCUCUUGGAGGUGGCCGUCGUGGAACUGGUCGAGAUCGGAUCGAGAGUAUUAGCUGGGCUAUUGUCGCCGUGGGAGUCAUCACGUUCAUCGGCGCUGUAUGGAAAGCUAUCAGUGUCCUCAGUGCUCGUGCUCUUGAAAAAGCCAGCGAGAGAGUAGUUGACGUCCAGGGGGACGACGAUGCCGAUGAGGAAGGCGAGGAGACUGAGACGAGAAAGGACAAAUGA